AUGAGACGUGUCCUGCUCAUCGCCGCCGCCGGCGCGCUGGCGGUGCCGGUGAGCGCAGCGGUCAUACAACCCACGUUCACCUCGUGUCUCGACUCGUACUCGCCCGUGGCGCCUGCCGAGGCGCAGCUGGCCGUGUCGGCAGUGUAUGCCGAACUGGUUGGAGGCGACUGGUCCACGGCUCGCAACCUCAACGGCGCAGGCGAGGAUGUCCUCCGCUUCGACCUGCUUGGUACCUCUACCCAAGAGCUAUCGGGAUACAACUCGACCACUGGAAAGCUGGCUACCUUGUUCACCUCGACGUCCGAGGCUGGUGUGACGCAGUACACGCAGUCAUCAUACCUGUGCAACUCAAUCUUCCCAGCCAACAUGACCGAGCCCUAUUUUGGUAACCAGACAUUUUGCCCACUGGCCGGCGGCGACUUUGGCCUCAACGUUUCGGUUCCGCUGUACAACGUCCAUGCCCUGGCGACGUUGCAUACCCAGAUCCGAGGCGUCGACUCUAGUGAGCCCGCCCAGACGCUCUUCUGCAUCGACAUCCACGUCACGCCGUACAAGGCCAACUCUUGGCCCUUUCAGCUGUUUUUGUGGUUCCCUGCGGCCAUUGCAAUGGCGUUUUGGGUCACGACCUGGGCUGCGCGGUUCGCAGCUGGGUGGGUCGUCGGUGUCGACCGCAGCACCAUGGCACGUCGUGAAGUGACACUGCUCAAGUGGGGCACCAUGCUUAUUUCUGGAAUGAGCGGCGAGCGCUUUGGCGUCAGCACCGCGUUGUUACGUUUUGUCACGCCGGGCCUUCGCGAUAUCAUGUACCAUAUCCAGUUUGUCACCAUGCUGGGCAUGAUCGCCGUCAGCUGGCCGUCGUUCUUCUACACCAUUGUGGCGCAGAGCGCAUGGGCGGAUCUCGUGUGGAACGUGUCGCUCGUCUCCGACCAGCACCCCAGCGUGUACUCCACCAACUUUACUGCCCCACUCCCUUGGGCACCGCAGAUGGUCAACCCCACGUAUCCGCUGUAUCUCAAUUCGUCCGGGCCUGGCGUUUUGCUCGACAUUGGCGACACUCCAAGCGGAAUGGCAGCAUGGGCACGUGUCGUGGGCUUGCGUCCCCAGGACUUGUUUGGGACCUGUCUGUCCCUGUUCCUCAUGUUGGCCGCCGUGAUUGUCGUUGUCAGCCUCGCCCUGUGGCUCGUGCAUGCUCUCACCGAGCUGUUUGGACACGACGGCAGUCGGCGCAAUGCCAACCGCGCCAGUUCCGCUGGUCCGGGACUUCCCCGUCAGUCCGCGCAGCGGAACAGCCUUAUGCAAGACGGCGGUUUCAAUGGCCACUCGCGCUCGAGCAGCAACGGCAAGGAAUGGUUCGACCCGCGCGGGUCUGUCGAGCUCAGCCAGGUGGCACUCACGCCGUCGUCGCAGCAGCCCAGGGCCGCUGCUCGCCCGACUACUCGGUCCAAGUUCCAUCGCAUCUGGAACCGUUUCACCCCCAAGGGUGAAGCCGGUGCAUUCCACUUCUCCGCCCUGUACGGCAACCUCCUCCGCCUCAUUCUCAUGUUCCACUUCCCCAUCACGGCCUUCUCAGUGUAUCAACUCUCUCUAUCGGAAGCGUCUAUUGUCUCGCGCGUGUUCGCCGCUCUCGCGCUGACUUUUAUUUCCAUCGUCAUCCCCGCAUUUAUCAUGUACAAAAUCUACCGCACACCGACCGGCAAGCUUUACGACGCGGCGCGUACCCUUCUUGCCCUCGGCACGGUUUACAACGUCUACACUGCCGACAAGCAGCUUUACCGCACGUUGCCUCUCAUUGGCAGCCUCAUCCAGGGUAUCGUCAUUGGCGCUGGUCAGCAGAGCGGACUUGCCCAGGCGGUGGUCCUCAUUCUGGUCGAGCUGCUCACCUUUGUCACCACUGCAUUCUGGAGCCCUUGGGGCGACGGUGCAAGCAUGGGCAACCAGGUUGUCGGCAUCUCCAUCAUGCGGAUUGCGUCAAUCAUCAUGGCCAUGGUCCUGAGCGAUGAGAUUAGCGUCGACGAAACGCCUCAACAGUGGCUCACAUAUGUGAUCCUCAUCAUCCAGGCCGUCGUCUUCGUCUUCUUCUUCUUCAUGGUCCUCACCAAGAUCAUCGAGGGUCUCAUCCGACUGUUUGGCGGUGCGCCGUUUGACGAGUCUACCCACCCCAUUGACGGCGGUAUCUUUGCUGCCAUCAUGGACCUCGACUACUUUAGCGGUCGCAACGUCUCGGUCGCAGGUUCCCUCACGACGCAAAUGAUGCUGGAUCGUCACUCACAGGGCGUCUCGCGUGAGGGAUACCAGAUGGGCUACUAUCCCGUCCAGAACCCCUCGGUCGACCAGUUUGGCCGUGUAGAGCAGUAUGGCCGUUCUGUUGACCAGUUUGGCGGCCAGCGCUCCGUUUCCGACCACGCAAGCUACGUGUCCUCGGACGACACGCACAAUGGCAUCCUGACCGGUUGGCGGCCCAGGGCGUCCUCGACCGCACAGCAGCAGCCUUACUCGACCACCCAGCCACUUGCCUCGCCGAGCGAGAAGCGCAAUAGCUGGGGAGGAGCCACACCUUCUAUUCGCGUGACGGACGGGGAAUAUUACCAGACCCAUGCGCGUGCCCGUUCAUCGGGUGCCAUCAUGGAGGAGCUCGCCUCUCCCAGGUCGCCCCGCUCUCCCAUCACGCCACCCAUGCGCUCGCUGUCGACGUCGCCGGGCCAGAGUCCCUUCCCCUUCCCCCCACCGCAGUACCCUCCCACAGGUGGUCUGCAGGACCGGAACGGUGUUCGUCCCCCGCCCAUAUCUAUUCCUAGGCGCAGGUCGCUUAACAAUAUCGGAGAAGACGAGGCGCAACCGGCCAACCUCAGGCAGGCGACCAAGCGUCGUUCUCGCGGAUCCGGUAACUGGUUCAACCGCAGUAGCCAACUUGACGCCGCUGAGAACGACUACUCGUCAGGCUCCGACGAUGAGCCCGGCCCGAGCCGCCAAUCCCGCCGCCGUCACGACCGUCGUCCGUCUGGCGAACCGCUCACUGCCACUGUUGAGCCCGAGCCAUCUCACGGCUGGCGUGCGCUCUUCACGCGCAGGACAAGGGUCAAGAGCGAGCGGGAGCGCGAUGAGAAUGCUGCACGCAAAGCUGUGGCCGUCAACGAGAGUGGUGCCGCGCUUGUCGGUGUUGCCACUCCAUCGGUCGCGACUCCCCUUGUGGCACCCGCACCUCCCGGAGCCCGCUCCUUCCGCGUUCAGCGCAAGGGACAGCCCCCAGCGCCGCCGAGGCCCUCACUCUCGGGCACGGCGAGCUCGGUGACACCGCUGUUGGCGCCCCCACCGUCGUCGUUCCGCGUGCAGCGCCGUAGCGGCGGCGGGUUGGUCGAUGCGUCGCAGACAUCCAACAUGUCGCACUCGUCGUCGCUCACCACCCCUACGCACAGCACGCCGUCGUCGCCUGCUCCGGACGGCGCGCUGCAGAUCGCCGACCAGAUGGGCUUUGGUGGACGCCGGAGCCGGCCCGCCUCGAGCGUGUCGACCGUCUCGAGUCCUGGACUGUCAUACCUUCCCACAGUCACCGAGCCGGUCACCGACCCGAACCGCACAGAGACCAUCAUGGACGCCGAGGAGGACAUCGCCGCCGUCAACACUGGCGGAUACGCGGCAUCCCUCUUUCGCCCCCUGGACCCGCGCGCGCCGCCUGGUCAAGCGUUAUAA